UUGUAUUAGCUAUGGGGUUUGAUUUAAGUGAAAAUAAAUUAGUUUAUUUUGAAUUAUAACGGUAACUAACCGUCUUUUGGCGGUGGUGUAACGAACUUCGAAAAAAAGAAGAGAAUUCGCGCGAACCAGCAGAAACAACCGACCAUUGCGUUGCAAAUAGUCAUCAGUAGCAGUCGCAGUUGUUUUUAAAAAUUCUUUCUGCAAGUUAGAGAAAUGAUGUGAUCAUUGAACAACUAAGUCAUAAUUAUAACGAUGGCGAGUUAUUGGUCUAAUCUGGCGUCGACGAACGUCCAGAUCCCAGUUAGUGAAGAGGUUAGUGGGAUAACCCAUUACCGUAUUAAUAUGAGCGUUGGCAAGGUUCAGUGGACAGUAUUACACCGGUACCGCGAAUUUUAUGCUCUCCAUCAGACCCUUGUCUCAGAACAUGGACUUGCACAAGACCAGCUCCCACCAAAAAGAUUACUGAGGAAUAAGUGUCCUUACUUUAUUGAGAAAAGGAGACAUGGUUUGGAACAAUAUCUCCGUUACACACUAAUUUACCUUAGGCAAGCUAUGCCACAACACUACUACGAGUUUCUGGAAUUCCAGCAUUAUGACACUUUCUAUAUGCUACAAGCACAGGCAUCUUACUUUUACAAUGAAGCUGAUAAUAUUUUAUCUACUACGAACUCGUUUUUCUUUAAUACAUUGCAGCUACAUGCAAUUGGAGAAUGUGUCAGGGGACCUUCCCCAUAUGUAUACAACGUAGACAGAUCUACUGAUAUUAGUCAUGUUUUGGACUUUUGUUCGAAGCUUAAUAAGCUCACUCUUAGAGGUGAUAAGUCUAUGCACAUGAAUAGUAAUAUUAUACCUAAUGAGUUACCCAUAGAAUUUUCACCAUUUAAGGUACUACGGCAAUUGGAUGUUAUAGGGAUAAAUAUGGAGAUGGUUACAUCAGCGGACAGUUUGCGAGCAUCGUUAGUGGAAUUACGUGUACUAAAUAAUGGUUUAACUAGCAUAAUGCAAGUGCUGCAAUGUGACGUUCUGCACAAAAGCACGAUGGAUACGAAAAUGAUUUGGACUAGCUUAACUUUAUUGGAUCUGAGUUCCAAUAAUUUAGACAGGAUUGAUGAGACUAUCAAACUACUACCCAAUUUAGAGAGAUUGAUAUUGAAUAAUAACAAAAUUAAGCAAUUAGAUAACCUGUUUAUGUUAUCAAAUUUACGCCAUCUACAUCUUUCCAAUAAUAAACUUGUGAAGUGCGAUGAUAUGCACACCAAGUUAGGUAAUAUCACGACAUUGGAUCUCUCUCAAAAUGGUUUGUGGAGAGUUGAUGGCCUUUCUAAACUAUAUUCCUUGGAACACCUUGAUUUAAGUACAAACAAUAUCAUGAAAGUAGAGAAUGUAGCAUGUUUAGGCAAUCUGCCAUGCCUGGAGAAUAUCUCUUUAACAGGAAACCCUGUAUCUACUACUAUUGAUUAUAGAGUCAAGGUUCUUGAAUACUUUAAAGAGAAUUAUGUAGAAAUAUGUUUGGAUAAUGAAAAGCCUACACAGCAAGAAUUAGAUAAAGUUGGAGUGCUGAGGGCACUAAGAAUUGUCAGGGAGGGCAAGCGUCCUUCAUUUAAUAAUUGAUAUCGUUUUGUUCAUUCAGUUUUGUUUUUCAAGUAUUAUAGCUAAAAAGCUUUAUUUCUGUUGAUUUGUCCAACACUAUUAGUUAAUGUUUUAAUGUAAUAUGUGUGUACACAGUUACACUUUGUGAUAACAAGUAAUAUAUAUAU